AUGUCUCUGAACCGGGUCCACACAGACACGGAGCCGUCUGCAGACUACUCAGUGGAGUAUUCAGUGCAGCUUCCCAGUGACCCCGGUCACGGAGGGGGUCGAACCCAUGAAGUGACCGUGCUCAGGUCGAGCCGCUGCCUGCCGCGCGCAGUGCGCCUCGCUUUUGCACCAGAAUCGUUGGAGAGAAUUUACCAGAACUACUUCCGCAGACAGAGACAAGAUAACCUGCUCGUACUGGCGAUGUUUGCCGCUCUCUUCAACAGCUUCAUCAUCACCAUGUGCGCGGUGGUGUACACGCAGGACAAACUGUCGAUGCUGGUGGUCGCGGCUGUGGGGCUCGCGGCGGACGUUGUGCUUUACGUGCUGUGUUGGCUCCAGAAGCUCCCCGCGUCACCAGUCUCGCGCGGAGCUGUGCCGUACAUACUGUGGCUGAUGAUCACCGUUCACGUUUUGUGUUACAUGGGUCUGAACUACGAGCGUUUCCCUCAAGGCAGUGAUUCUGUGGGCUGGCAGGCCUUUUUCAGUUUCUCCAGCUUUCUGACGCUCCCGCUGGACCUGGUGCCGCUGCUCCUGCUCACGGCCCUCUCCUGUGGGAUACAAACACUGGUGCUGGGGGUGACCGUGGCUCAAAGGUUUGAGGAUAACGUGCAAGGGGCCAUGCUGGUGAGACAGCUCCUAGCCAACGUGAUGCUGUACCUGUGCGCAGCCAUGGUGGGUGUGAUGUCGUACUACAUGGCGGACAGGAAGUACAGGACAGCCUUUUUGGAGGCCCGUCAGUCUCUACAGGUCAAACUCACGCUGGAGGAGCAGAGCACCCAGCAGGAGGAGCUUUUACUGUCCAUCCUGCCCAAACACAUCGCUGACGAGAUGCUGCAGGGCAUGAAAAACCAGGCCGAUCAGAGCGAGGGCCAGCAGCAGCAGUUCAACACCAUGUACAUGUACCGCCAUGAAAACGUCAGUAUCCUGUUUGCUGACAUAGUGGGCUUCACACAGUUGUCCUCAACAUGUAGCGCUCAGGAGCUCGUAAAGCUGCUCAAUGAACUGUUCGCCCGCUUCGAUAAACUGGCAGAAGAACAUCACCAAUUGAGGAUUAAAAUCCUCGGAGACUGUUACUAUUGCAUCUGUGGUCUUCCUGACUUCAGAGAUGACCACGCUGCCUGCUCCAUAAUGAUGGGCCUCGCCAUGGUAGACGCCAUCUCGUACGUGCGAGAGAAGACUAAAACCGACGUGGACAUGCGCGUGGGCGUUCACACAGGCACCGUGCUCGGAGGAGUGCUCGGGCAGAAGAAGUGGCAGUUUGACGUCUGGUCCACAGAUGUCACUGUAGCCAAUAAGAUGGAAUCUGGGGGCAUUCCUGGGAGAGUGCAUAUUUCCCAGACCACCAAGGACUGUCUUCUCGGAGAUUUUGAACUGGAGCCGGGGGAUGGCGGAGAUAGGUGCGAGUACCUUCUAGAGAAAGGCAUCGACACUUACUUGGUUCUGGUGCCCAAACAGGUGGUGAAUGGGCUCCGUGGAAAUAAACCAGGCACUUUGUCCAACAGAAAUUCAAACCAGCUGAUCAACACUACAGCGACCAAUGGGAACGCAGCCUCACCCCAAUCCACGGCCGCUGAGUCUAUACAGGAGGGGAACAAGAUGGCCGAGGAGCAAGUGAUCAACAGACGACUGCAGCAGGAGCUGCUGGAGAGAGAAACUCAGCAAAUAAUGAAGGAUCACCAGAUCAACCCUGUGUCGUUGCGUUUCCUGGAUGGGAAGUUGGAGGAACACUACUCCUCAGAAAAGGAGAAGCGAAGCGGAGCGGCCUUCUGCUGCUGCAUCAUCGUGCUCUUCUUCAUUACAGCAAUGGAGGUGUUCAUAGACCCACUGUUGGCUGUGAACUAUGUGACUCUCACAAUAGGAGAGGUAUUGUUGCUUAUCCUCACAGUGUGCUCCCUGGCUGCCAUCUUCCCCAGGAUGUUCUCCAAGAGGUUGGUGUCUUUCUCAAUGUGGAUCGAUCGCACACGGUGGGCCAGAAACACAUGGGCCAUGGCGGCCAUAUUUGUUCUUACCAUGGCUGUGAUUGCUGACAUGCUGAGCUGUGUUCCACCGUCCCUUCAAGUCUUCAACAGCACCUCCGGACCCGUGUGGGAGUCACUUGGUGACCGAAGCUGUGCAGAGAAUCCAAAGCAUUACAGCUUCAUGGCUGUGAUGUCACUGAUCGCCACAGCCAUGUUGGUUCAAGUCAGCCACCUGAUUAAACUGGGACUCAUGGUGCUGGUCGUCACAGCAACUGGAGCCGUUAAUAUCUACAGCUGGCGGGACAUUUAUGAUCUGUAUGACUAUAUACAGUUUGCCUCAUACAGAACAUCCAUAGUGCCUUCCAAGUACCUCAUGACCAUGAUGAUCAUUGUCAUGAUGAUUGGCUUCUACUUCUUUGCCCGCCAUUUGGAGCAUCAGUCCAGGAAGCUGUUCCUGUGGAAGAUGGGUGUGCAUGACCAGAAGGAGAGGGUGUUUGAGAUGAGACGCUGGAACGAAGCGCUGGUCACCAAUAUGCUGCCGGAGCAUGUGGCCAAACACUUUCUGGGCACUAAGAAGAGAGAUGAGGAGCUGUACAGCCAUUCUUACAAUGAGAUAGGCGUGAUGUUUGCUUCCAUCCCCAACUUCUCUGAUUUCUACACUGAAGAGAGCAUCAACAACGGCGGCAUCGAGUGUCUCAGAAUUCUCAACGAGAUCAUUUCAGACUUUGACAGCUUACUCGACAGAGAUGAGUUCCGCUGCAUCACUAAAAUCAAGACAAUAGGAAGCACCUACAUGGCCGCAUCAGGACUCACUCCAGAGAGCAACAUGAACAAAUACAGUAACCGCAAGCCAGAGGACCAGUCUCUGAUCGAGCGCUGGCAGCACCUCGCUGACCUGGCUGACUUUGCCUUGGCUAUGAAAGUCACCCUCAACAACCUCAACAAACAGUCCUUCAACAACUUCAUGCUCCGAAUCGGUCUGAAUAAGGGGGGAGUUUUGGCUGGAGUGAUUGGAGCUCGGAAACCUCACUAUGACAUCUGGGGCAACACUGUCAAUGUGGCCAGCAGAAUGGAGUCCACCGGAGUGAUGGGAAACAUCCAGGUGGUUGAGGACUGCUAUGACAUCCUGAAAGAGUAUAGUUUCCGCUUUGUCCGAAGAGGGCCAAUAUUUGUCAAAGGGAAAGGGGAGCUGCUAACGUUCUUCAUGAAAGGAAAAGACAAACCCAGCAGUAAUGGCGGUCCAGUGACUACUGCCCUACCACACCAAGUUGGGGACCUAUGAAUAUUGUCACCUGGUAAAAAGCCAUUAAGGAUAAGCCUGAGCAGAAUUCCCACUGCUCGUUUUCUCUCAAAUACACAGUUACUUACAUAGAUCUUUUUCAUAAGCUCUGUAGCAAUGUAAAGCAUAUGCUGUGAAAUGACAUUUCACCCACAAAGGAAUUCAAAAACAGAUACUGAUUCUGUAUAGUUGUACAUAAUUCAGGGAUCCAGUUGACGGUCACACAGAGCUCCUGCAUGAAAUAUUUUAUCAUGUUGUACUUGAUUCAUAGAUUGCUAUGAGAGUUACAAGCUUGGUACAGACACAUAAAGUACUUGGUGGUUUUAUCUUAAGCUCAGGUUUUGUAUAAUAAUAUAGCUUAAUCACACUGUAUUUAUACUGUGUUAAUAAAACAUGUUUGCACUACA